UCAUGUUUUGAUUUCGUGUGCAGGAACUCUUCUCGAGGACAGAACUGUACUCGGAUAACAGAAGGAUGCAUUCGCAAAUGACCGACGAGAAGCUCCAGUGCCGCAUCUGUCUACUGCAGCCCAAGGAUGAGACCCUCAUGCCCACGCAGGCGGACUUUUGCGCGCAAAUCCAACGCUGCACGGGCAUUCAGCUGAGAGAGAACGCUGCUUGGCCCACGCGUAUCUGCACGAGCUGUGCCCUGCUACUCCGAGCGGCCCUCAAAUUGCGCUCCCUGUGCCAGGAUGCGGAGAAGGCGUUGCAACAGCAGAAGAUUGGGGAGAAUGUCCCACGGCUGGAGCAGAACGAGAAUGAAAGUAAGGACCUGCCCAGCAAAGAGGCUAGCUGCAGUGACAGCGAAGUGGAGUACGAGUACCUAGAGCCCUACGACUUGGAGGCGGCUGACAGUACUGAUGAAAUAAUCAGCAUAGAACCGCUGACCUCAACGCCAACAUCACUCCUUGAGGAGGAAUCUAUUAGUCCUGCGUCAGAGCCCGACGAAGAUGUUGGCCAGGCUCAUGCUCCUCCGCUGGCCUGCACAGUUUGCCAUAAGGUAUACGCUGACUGGGUCAAGCUGGCCGCCCACCUGAAGGUCCACAACAGAGGGAAACCACAUGAGUGCGAGAUCUGCCACAAGCGCUUCCGGCAAACGCCGCAGCUGACCAGGCACAUGAACACGCACACGAGGAACCGUCCCUACAAAUGUGAUUACUGCGAUUCUAGCUUCGCAGAUCCCUCCACACGCAUCAAGCACCACAGAAUCCACACCAACGAGCGUCCGUACAAGUGCAAACACUGCAGCAAGUCGUUCGCCUACUCCAAUGUGCUCCGGGUGCACAUAAAUACGCAUACGGGCGAGAGACCGUUUAGCUGCCAGCACUGCCAGCGAACCUUCUCCCAGCUGCACCACAAAAACGCCCACGAGAGGUCCCACAAGCCAAGAGUCCAUGCGGAAGCCAAGACCAACUUGGUAGAACAAAUAAAAUAAGUUUAACACCAUUUGUAUAAAGUUGUUGAAGGGGGGAAAUACACUACUGGCCGAAAUAAUAAGUACAUGUGCAUAAGGUUUGUUUCAAGUCCUAUAAAAUUUGUUAAAUAAACCUAAUGAAAAAAUUCA